AUGUUCGAAAAUCAUGGUAUACCAGAGGAUGAGAACGGAGGAAAUACAGGUCAAAGAUCCUCGUCCGUAGCUUCCAGAAUCACGUCAAUCUCGGUCUUUCAGUGCUGGAAUCAUCCAAAGUCCAAUAUCUUCAAAACUUCAGCAACAUUUUGGAGCUUUUUCGUGAUGGGAGGCAAUGAUUCUGCAUACGGACUCGAAACAUAUUACAAUCUCUCCUAUGUGGUUGUGUCACUCGUCUUCCUCUCGCCAUUAGUCGGAUAUAUUAUCGCUGCCUUUGUGGUCAAUCGACUUAUCAUCAAAGUUGGCCAGCGAGGUCUUGCUACAAUCUCCUCAGGAUGUCACCUUGUUGCUUACAUCCUUAAUUGUAUUCAUCCUCCAUAUCCUGUCCUCGUUGUCUCUUUCAUAUUCGCUGGCCUGGGAAACGGUCUCGCGGACUCAGCUUGGAAUGCUUGGAUAGGCAACAUGAAGAAUUCAAAUCAAUUACUUGGCUUACUCCACGGAUGCUACGGUAUUGGCGCUGUCAUCAGUCCUCUGGUGGCUUCCUUCAUGAUUGCCGACGCUGAACUUCCUUGGUAUUACUUCUAUUAUAUCAUGAUCGGAGGAGCAGCGAUAGAACUGGUAUGGUGUGUAGCAGCUUUCUGGGACUCCAAGGGAGGAAAAUCGGGCUUCUCUUCCUCUCAGUCCUCUGAACACGGGCCCGUAAGUAUUCGUGAGGUUUUAUUCCAGAAUCCCUCCGCUCGAGUGACCUGGAUAUGCGCUAUAUUUCUUCUUGGCUAUGUCGGAGUUGAAGUUGCCUUGGGCGGCUGGAUUGUCACUUUCAUGAGAGAGGUGCGGCAUGGGGCAAAAUUUGCCAGUAGCAUGACCUCGACAGGAUUCUGGCUUGGUAUCGCGAUUGGGAGAGUGGUGCUUGGAUUUGUGACACCUCUUGUAGGGGAAAAAUUGGCUAUAACGAUAUAUAUUGUGCUGGAGGUAGUAUUCGGUGUGAUCCUGUAUCAAGUACCGAAUUUCUAUGCAGGCGCUGUAGCGGUGUCAUUGCAAGGGUUUUUCUUAGGUCCACUAUUCCCUUCAGUGGUUGUCGCCACCACGAAACUACUGCCAUCCAAACUACAUGUAAGUGCAAUUGGAUUCGCGGCAGCGUUUGGUGGAAGUGGAGCGGCUAUCUUACCGUUUGCCGUUGGUGCUAUCGCACAGGCGAAGGGCGUUAGCGUGCUCCUUCCGUUCAUUCUGGGGUUGUCCAGUGGCAUUCUUAUUCUCUGGCAAGGUCUUCCCAGAAUACCCAAAACACGGGAGAACUCCAACAAGGCUGGAGCAGAAAAUUGCUAG